AUGGUUGUACUCAAGCCGCAGAAAGAGGCACGAAACCAGGAUCCAGCAUCCCUUUCCCGUUUCACCAUCGCGGAUCUGCUGCCGGACCUGCAGCACGUUAUCUUCUGGAUGUCUAACGCCAUUGAAAUCUUGUACUUUGUCCAGCAGAAAUCCCCCGUCUACAUCCAGAACAUGGAAGAGGAGAUAGACAUCAAAGGUUCGAAGGAAUCGCUUUUUUCCUUAACGAUCACAACCAGCGAGGAGGCCAUGACCGUUCUUGAGGAAGUCAUCAUGUAUACCUUUCAGCAGUGUGUCUACUACAUAUCCAAGUCACUGUACGUCUCUCUCCCCAUCCUGCUGGAAUGCAACCCGUUCCAGAGCGAAGGCCGCGACGGCUGGCUGGCCUCCCCUCCGCUGCCCGAAGAAAUCCGCAAGGUUGUGGUGAUCUACCAGGCCACCCUGGACCUCCUCCACCAGUACAGCGUCCACCCGGAAAUCGCCUCCCAGAUGUUUGCCUACCUCUUCUUCUUCUCCAACACUCUGCUCUUCAACCAGCUCAUGGAAAAAGGCUCCUCAUUGGGCUGCUUCCACUGGUCGAAAGGGGUGAGGGUCCGGGCCACCCUGCGGCUCCUCCUGGAGUGGGCCCAGAGCGUGGGCUUCGGCCAACUGGCGGACCAGUUCUUCAGCAAGCUCUCCAGCGUGGCUAGCCUGUUGGCCAUGCCGAAUUCGCAGCUGGUCCAGUUGACCUGGCCCAUGCUGAGGACGGAAUUCCCAGCCCUGAACGCUGCUCAGCUUCACCACAUACUGACCCAGUACCAGGCCUCCUCCGAUGUGGGAUGCGUACCCGGCUGGCAGCCCGGCAAGGAGGAUAGCCUGGGGGCCUUCAGGACAGAUGACAUCCUGGAGUCGUUCGACAACCACCCCCCGAUCAUGUUGCCCAGCGGGGGGUUCAAGGUGGACCUGGAGGUGGAACACCUGGACGACAACAUCUACCGCCAUCUCCUCUACAUCCGUCACUUCCUGUGGAGCCUGCGCAGCAAAAGCCCCCACCCCAGCGACUCGCCGGAAGCGGAACCCCCCAAGACGGAAGCAGUCAGCUGCCAAACCACUCCCCGUGCAGCUUCAGAGACUCCACCGGCUUUGCCACCACUGGGAAACUCCCUCGGCCGGGCGAACUGCAGGCGGCCUACGAGUUGUGCGGAGCCAAGAGUGGAAGGGAGUCUCCCUGCGGUCACGGGCACCAACGGACCUGCCCGGGAUCACGACCUCUGCGAGACGCAUCUCCGGGAGAGCCUCCAGCAGGUGCACCACCAGGCACAGCAGGGCAAGGCCAGCACCAAGCCAGCUGCAAUCACGGGCGACGUCUCUUGCUUGCUGACCCCGCCAAACACGCCCCUAACCUCUGACCCCACAAGUCUCAGCUUGACUCCCGAGGGCAUCCCUGGGAAACCCGGUGCAGAUCCUCGUCGGAACGGGCUCAGCGGCACCAAAACCACAAGCCCUGAAGGCUCUUCACCGACCCCAUAUGACUUCCCCACUCCGGCCUCCUCUAGCCGCAGCUCGGCAACGGACGACUUCUGCUACGUCUUUGUGGUGGAACUCGAAAAGGGGCCCAUCGGCCUGGGCAUGGGGCUGAUCGACGGCCUG